AAAUGUAAAAAUAUUGAGUUUACAUAUACACGAAUGUGUGCAUUUGGAGAUAACGGAAGAUUUUAUAUUUUCGGGAAAAAGUGAAAAAAACAACCACAUUGUUAUUGUGAAUAGCAACACGUUUGAAUAAAAAAACACCAAUCGAGUUCACAUUAAUUGGGGCAAACACAAAUUAUGCACCAAUCUAUCCGAUCAGCUGCCUAGGACACCGAAAAAGUUGGACAAUUGAUGUAAUUUGCAGAACAUAAUACCUAGGUGCUACCAGCAAACAAUAAAUGAUUUAUGAAAAACAUACAACGGAGGUUAAUUAAUCUUGAACAAGUUCUGACGAGUUGAAACGAAAUGAUUAUUUGCCACCACAUUUUAUGUGAAUCAAAUGUAUAGGCCACUUCUUUUGUUAAAUCUGAUUGAUAAAACGUCUGAUGUACCACAAUCCCGGCAACAAUAACGCAUUAGCUGGAGGAGGAGGAGGAGGAGCAGGUGGUUCAUCAACGCCCGGCAAUCCCAACGCCCAAAUAAAUAUGGAUUCAAUGCAACAGCAGAACAUGAAUUACAAUGGCAUGCCGCAACAACAACAGCAGCAACAGCAACAGCAGGCCUCAAAUACCAAUAAGAAUAUGCGUAAGAAGCCGUAUGUUAAAAUAACCGAACAGCCAGCCGGCAAAGCGUUAAGGUUCCGUUAUGAAUGCGAGGGCCGGUCGGCCGGAUCAAUACCAGGCGUCAACUCCACGCCCGAGAAUAAAACUUACCCCACGAUUGAAAUAGUAGGUUAUAAAGGACGUGCUGUAGUUGUUGUCUCAUGUGUCACCAAAGAUCAACCCUAUCGACCUCAUCCGCAUAAUCUGGUGGGCAAGGAGGGCUGCAAAAAGGGUGUUUGCACCUUGGAAAUUAACUCCGAAACCAUGAGAGCUGUGUUUAGCAAUUUGGGCAUUCAGUGCGUCAAAAAGAAGGACAUUGAAGCAGCUCUCAAAGCACGCGAAGAGAUUCGAGUGGACCCAUUCAAGACUGGAUUCGCUCACAGAUUUCAACCCUCAAGUAUUGAUCUGAACUCAGUUCGGUUGUGUUUCCAAGUGUUCAUGGAGAGUGAUCAAAAGGGCCGUUUUACGCAGCCUCUUCCGCCCGUAGUCUCAGAACCAAUCUACGACAAGAAAGCCAUGUCGGAUCUUGUGAUCUGUCGCCUGUGCAGUUGUUCAGCCACAGUGCUGGGCAACACUCAAAUCAUUUUGUUAUGCGAAAAGGUAGCCAAAGAAGAUAUAGCAGUGCGUUUCUUCGAAGAGAAGAAUGGUCAAUUAGUCUGGGAGUCUUAUGGAGAAUUUCAACACACCGAUGUGCACAAGCAGACUGCCAUAGCAUUUAAGACGCCACGAUAUCACACGAUGGAUAUAACAGAGCCGGCUAAGGUAUUCAUUCAGCUGAAGCGGCCAUCGGAUGGUGUCACCAGUGAAGCACUUCCAUUCGAAUAUGUUCCAUUAGACUCAGGUAGGGCUCGAUUUUUGGAUUUACGUCGGAACCUCAAGAGGAAACCCGACUAUGACAUCUUCCAAGAAAUACUAGGUGUGGACAGCCGCAUCGCCUCUGGCGAUAAGAAGCUACAGUUCAACGCUCCUUCAAUGGAGGUCAUUGAUUUGAAUACACCGACCACUGACCAACAACCGGCAGCAGAUCAAACAAUUGUUUCCGAAGCUAAGCAAACUGUGACUUCGACGGACGAACCAACGACAAUGACGACCAACGAAAAUAUAGACGUCGACUACGACGAAGAAUCUAAACGACGAAGUCAGCAAGAAAUUGACUCCAUCAUUGAUGAGAAAAUGAGAGAGUUAGAGCAGCAGCAGCAAGAGCAGCAGUUAGGUGCCAUACAACAAGUGGCCAAUAUAAUCAAUCCCGAAGAAGGCAACGUCUCCCCCAAACCCCAGUCUGCGCAUGAAAUGAAUGCGGACGAAAAAAUCACCGAAUGGAUACACUCCAAUGAAAUGCAAAAAUCUGUCGAAGGUGGCGGCGGCAGCCCCAGUGCCAUGGAAUCAGAGGACAAAACUUUGAGCGAUCUUUUAGAGCAGGUGGCAGAAUUGGAUGAAAUUUAUUCUGAACAUGUUGUGAGGCGCGACACGUACAAUAACGCCCUGAUCAAUGAAUUAAAUGGCAUCGAUGCUUGUGUACCGGAACAAAAUACUGGCUUUGUUGAUGGUGGGCAAACUGCAAUGGAGGUUGAGGAUAGCUUCGAUGAUGCCGCCACCUAUAGCAGUCUACAGAUUGCCUUUAAAAAUCCUAUAUCUAUACCUAUGGAGGAAAUCAUGCCUCCCACACCGCCCGCUUCCGUUCAAACAGAUAUUGGGGAAUGUAGUAACUAUGACCCCGUCGAGGUGAGAACGAGAUCAACUCCCGAUAUAAUGCAGCAGUCGCAAAUCCAAAAUACUCCACCUAGGCCAGCACCGCCCAAAACAAUCUCGCCACACAUGCACAUAACAGCAGUUGAGGAGGAAAAAGUGCCUCCGCUACCCCCGAAGCGUUUACGCAAACAAGACAGCAAUGCCGAAAACAGAUCAAUAGAGGCAAAUAUUGGCGAUGCUCAACGUAAGUCACGCCAACAAGCACCGAUUCUGAUUACCAAGCCCUCUGACGAGUCAUUGCCACCAAACAAACGCUUGCCACAGAAACCUGGAUCCAGCAACACCUUGCCUAGACAAAAGAAACCAGGGUUCUUUUCCAAACUGUUUUCAAGACGCAAGAGUAAAUCCGACCUCACUCAGGGUGGCGGGCAAGAAACUACAUCAAAGGACAACUCGAAAACCAGUCCAGUUGCUAGCCGUGAACCGAGUAUUGGGUAUUUCGACAUGAAGGACACUCAUCGUUCGUCCUUGCGGUCGGCCAAAUCGCUUCAACCACCUUCCUUCCCAAAUUCACCAUCCAAAAACAAUCAGAAGCUGGGUAAACCUGUGGCCCGCAGUGUGAGUAGUGUUUCGGGUAAGCGACGACUACUGUACCACUCGAAUGCCGACAUUAUACACAUUCCCCUAAAGGGUGAAUUGUACCCCGAUGAGGAAUAUUCACAUGCGAGCACUAUAACACUGGCCAAUACACUGGAUCAGAGUACAGUAUCUGCCUUGGAACAGGCCCAAAUACCCAUUACAGAUGGCAAUAUGGAGCUGGUGGCCAUUGCGGAUCGUGAGGGCUUGCGCAAUUUGACCGAGGGUCAAUUCAAUGUGGAACUUGACCCCAGCAUGGACCUAACCGAAGCAGAACACUAUGCCCUUUAUACCACAAUGCCACUCAAGGCAACAGCCAGUGAGUUUGAUGAAGCCUCCGCCUACUAUGCGCCCGUGGAUGCGGGUGAAAUUCUUACACCCGAAGAGGUGGCACAGCGGUUACUGGCCGCCAACCGUCAGAACUAAUUUCAGUUGUGCCACUCAACCCAUUGCUUGGGUGUCUGUUUGUCACGUCGUACCGUUCAGAUGCCGUAACUGGCGAUCGAAGGAACGACGCAACCACCA